UCAAAACUGAAACAAUUAGUGAACAAAGCGCGGUGUGGUUGGUGGUUAGUGAAGAGUAGCUCACAUUUUAUGUGAACUGUUGGGAUGUCAUUUUAUUUGCUUUGCUAAUUUUAUUUUAUUGUUUUUGCCAGUUGUUGCUUCUGCUUCUGCAUUUCUCUAAACCCCUCUUUACUAGUAUAUCCAGACUCCAGAGACAGAAAGAAGAAGAAAUCUCGAUUUAGUGAUUGAUUUUGGUAAAAAAUGGCGUCGAAGUUGUUAAUGCUAACUAUUUUCGUAUUCGAUCUGAUUGCUUUUGGUUUGGCUAUUGCUGCUGAGCGGAGAAGAAGCACUGCAAAUAUCAAAAAAGAUGGUGAAGAUGAACAUAGCUAUUGCGUCUAUGACUCUGAUAUAGCAACUGGAUUUGGUGUUGGUGCCUUUUUAUUUCUUAUGCUUAGUCAAAUAAUUGUAAUGGUGGCGAGCCGUUGCUUCUGCUGUGGAAAGGCUUUGAGGCCUGGAGGUUCAAGAGCUUGUGCUGUUCUCUUAUUCAUCAUAUGCUGGGUUGCAUUUUUUAUAGCUGAGGUCUGCUUGUUGGCUGGUUCGGUUAGAAAUGCUUAUCAUACCAAGUAUCGAUCAUCAUACUUGACGAGUGAUAAACCUCUAUCAUGUGAAACUCUGAGAAAAGGAGUUUUUGCAGCUGGAGCAGCUUUCGUUUUCUUCACCAGUAUACUCUCUCAGUUCUACUAUGUGACCUAUGCCAAGGCGCGAGGUGGCCCCAUGCCGUAUGGUGGUGAAGCCGGCGUUGGCAUGGCAGCCUACAAAUGAGGGUGAUCAAGGUCGUUACGUUUAUAUGUUAAAAAAUAAUAGUUGGGAUUUUGAAGUUUAUGUAUAAUACAACUUUCUAUUGCUUAGUUGCAAAGUUCGUUGUACCAUAUUCCUUCUGCAUAAAAUUUUUGUUCAGUUAGUGUGAACUUUCAUCUGCAAACAUCUGUUUAGAUUUGAGAUUGAGAGUGAA